GGGGGAAAGGGGCAGGCCUAGAAGUCCGAGCGAGUGUUGUCCUCAGUCCGGGCAGCACAGUCGCGGGGUUCGCAGCCCGCGCGCGAAUGACGUCCACGCGUUGAGCGGAACAACAUUGUGUGCUACCGGGGGGUUGUCUUCAGUCGUCCCGGCAGAUGGCGGCGGCGGUCGCCCCGUCGUCUCGCCCCGCGGGACGUGAGACGGCCAGCGGGUGUCGUCGCUGACGGAACCCACUACUCCUGGUGGAGGACCUGCUGAAGACAUGAGCGCGCCGACCUUCGCGCCGCGCUGGCUGCUGCUGGCGCUGGUGUGCGGCGCGGGCCACUGUCUGCCAGGGCCUGCGGAGGGCCUGGCACACCCCGAGGGCCUGGCACACCCGGAGGGCCUGGCACACCCCGAGGACCGCCUCCACGAAGGCGACCCGGACUUCCAGCAGCCUCACGGCAACGUGACGGCGGCCGUGGGCAAGGAAGCCGUGCUCGCCUGCUCCGUCAACCACCUGGGUGGCUACAAGGUGGGGUGGCUACGGGCAGAGGACCAGACUAUCCUCACCUUGCACAACAAGGUGGUGACCCACAACAGUCGGGUGGGAGUGUCCCACGACGGCCAGGCCACGUGGCAGUUGCACAUCCGCCAGGUGAAGGAGGCGGACCGUGGCUGCUACAUGUGCCAGCUCAACACCUCCGUCAUGAAGAAGCAGGUCGUUUGUCUGGACGUGCACGUGCCGCCCGACAUCCUGGACGAGGAGACGAGCUCGGACGUGACGGCGCGGGAGGGAGACAACGCCACGCUGACGUGCCACGCCAAGGGUCGCCCCCGCCCCAGGAUCACCUGGAGGAGGGAGGAUGGCGCGCCGCUGCUCGUCAGGAGGGGCCUCCGUGGCUCCGUCAGAGAGGACACCCACUCCGGAGACGUGCUGCACUUCUGGCGGCUGGACCGCCGGCAGACGGGCGCCUACAUGUGCAUCGCGUCCAACGACGUCCCUCCCGCCGUCAGCAAGAGGAUCGCGCUCAACGUACACUUCCCGCCCAAGGUGACGGUGCCCAACCAGCUGCUGGGGGCGCCCCUGGGCACGGACGUGCACAUCGACUGCCUGGUCGAGGCCUCCCCCAACACCAUCAACUACUGGGUCAAGAACCGCGGGGAGAUGCUGCUCAACGGAAACAGGCAUGUGAUUGAGAAAAGUCAGGACACGUACAAGAUACAUCUGGAGCUGACCAUCAAGUCUUUCCGGAAGGAAGACGUCGGGACGUACAUGUGUGUGUCUCGCAACUCGCUGGGUCAUGCCGACGGCACAGUGCGGCUGUAUGAUAUUAAAAUCGUAACCAGAAGGCCGGACGCGACUACUAACAUUGCUGUUGUCGCAGACACCGGCUUUGACGCAACGAGUGCCAACAUCAUCAAGGACAGCGCAAAACACGUUGCGCAAAGGACCAAAGGUAGCAAGGCUGUGAUGGAGGAGGCGGCCUUGGGGCGCAGCUCCGGCGGCGAAGACCACCUCCAUGAACCACCCGGGGUGACUUCCACGGCACCCGGAGGCCUGGUCCACAGCCGGCAGGUGUCCUUGCGCGCCGUCGUCGCCGCUGUGGCAGUCGUUCUCGCGGUCAGGUGAUUCGCGCGCCAGCUGCAGCUGGUCAACGUGUGCGGGAGGCGAAACUGUUUCUUCGGCCAUCUGGACAGUCCGAGCACGACGGCCGACGUCACUGGGAGUAGGUGCUCCUACACUCAUGACUAGCACUGUCUUCUCUUGCGGGGCACUGCUAUCUGGUCGACAGUGGUGGGUGCGUGAAAUAUUCUAUUGUACAGAGACAGUGCUUUGAUCUGAACAGUUGGAACACACCUGAAAGCAAAAAAACAAAGAAUUGUGAAUCCUAAAUGUUUAGCGGUGACCUGCGUUUCUAUACUUAUGGAAUGAAGUUUAUUUGAAACUAAUUACGUGUUGCGAUAAUUGACUUCAUUUAUGCAAAAGAGAAGAAUUGCCUGAAAAUAAUGACUUUAUUCGUCAAAAUGUGUAUACUAAUUACAUGUGUUCGUAAAAGUCCUCAUUUCCAAGAAUUUGCAUAUAUUUUUGUAGUUUCGAGAAAUAGUUUGAAAGUAUAAUUUCCGAAAAUGUUAAGUGUCUUGUUUAUAGGUACUAAAAUGAAAUUUAAAAACUGAUAUUAAAUAAUUCGUGUUUAA